AAACCCAAUGCGCAACGAUUGGUAAGACGGGUAUUUGCCAUCUAUGCCCUUGUUCACCAUUUCUUGCAAACGUACGCUGGUGCACAGUUUAUUAUCAUGGAGAUCCCGGAGUUUGCUGUCCGAAUGCAGGAAAUCAGCAAACUCUUCGUGGUGAAAUUCUACGCAAUGGAGUAACAAAGUGCCAAGCGAAACUGCAAGCGGCUAUCGCCCUCCCACGCCUUUGUGGUUGAUUCCAAGCGUUACGAUCAAAGAAAGCACGCGAUGGAAAGCAAAGUAAAAAAAUCUAUUUGACAAUUUCUGGUCGCCUACCUUUUAGCACGUUGAGGCGUUUUAAAGAAAAAUGAUUUUUUACUAUUGGCCCCACGGGUGAACGAGCGAUAGACGAGCAACAGUCCAAUUGCUGAAAAACAAGUUGCUGCUCAUGUUCGCUGCCCACUAGAGAUCUCAUGCCAUGAAUACGACGAUACCCCCUUCCACAUCCGUUGUGCCAGAGCAUCUUCAAUAUACGUUGGAACUGGUCUUUGGAGGUCUAGGUACCGCCAUUCAGCUCUUCAACUGUAUAUGGGCUGCAUCGGUACUGUUCCGUCGUCCGAAUCCCUACAAUGGGACUCUGGUUAUCUGUGGGGUCUUCUACCUGUUGGCCCAGGGUAUUGUCGUGACGCAGACAAUUAUCUCCUUCUCGGGGGGCAAAAACCAUGAGUACCUCACCAUGCUGGAAGACUUGGGCCAAGGAGAGGAAGUGAAGCAACAGUACUCGGACUGGAAAUUGGGAGUGAUCAUGCCCUGGCUGCAGCGAACAUACAAUUUCGUUUAUGGCGUAGCCACACUUGUUUAUGUGUUGAUUGUUCAAAUUCGAUUUCGUGUCGUUCGACGAAUCGUCCCGUAUUGGAAGGGUUGGGAUCACAUCUUUGUUGGCUUUACCGUCAUUCUAUGGGCUGCUACCUUCCUCACUUGGAAUGUCAUACAUUAUUCGCGCGAUGGCCUUUCGAGUGGGAUAUCAGCGGCCGUAUGGAAUAUUUAUGUUUUGGUGGUUGAUCAACUCUUGUGCGUCCUGUUCCUUAUGCGUCUGAAGAUGUUCCAAAGAAAGUUUGGCCAAUCAAUCCGACGCCAGACAGCCAGGCGAACGGUCUUUGUCGCUCUCAUCUGCCUAGCGAUAAUGUCGUGGGUUGCUUUCGGCGUUUUCAUGUACAGUAAUAUGGGAUAUCGGCACGACGAAGGGAUGCGUAAUGUUUUAUUCAGAGUAGCAAGUGCCCUGUCUGGCUUUAUGAUGUCCGCCGCAUUGCUUUUCAUUUACACCGUGAAGACGAUGAUGACCGGCUCAACCACCAGCCAAUUGAGCCGCUCCAAAGGGUCUGGCGGAACGGAGUUAGAACCAAGUUCAGCUUUGAGAAUACCUAGGAAACCUGAAGCCGCUCUAACUGACGCGACAGAAAGAUUGCAUGCAGUCGAGGGCCAAGUUACGUAUGGGUUCGCGAAGCAGCCCACGUUAAAAUGGGCCAAAUCCUAUGAGACCAUAACGACAGCGAGUGUGCAAAGCGACGCUGCAUACGAUGCGCGGCAAUGACGUACACCGAUAACUUUCGGACGAUACUGCUUAGAUUUUGUAGAUAAUUUAAAUACUAUGAUAUAUAGAAAUUCAUAUAGUAAUAAUUUACUCCCUAGGGCUAGCGUAAAUCCAGUGCUGGGUGAGCUGUUUAUUUCAAUAAUCGAACGAGCUUCCAGUCCCCAAGCCA